AUUAGUGGUUGACUAAAUUCUUAUUUGCCCCACUGAAGAUCACAUAAGCCAAAACUGGUCAACACAUAGUAACACAAUGGAUAGUUAUGGUCACACCCACUGUGUUGGCCGAAGAUGGGCUAUAUAGUUAGGUAGCCAUUUUGAAAAAUCACACUUCCUCAUGACCAAUCUGUCUGGUAUGAAAUCUGUUAACGCAGAAUUACUGUUUGCUAUUUUGAUACUUGGCAGCAUAACAAGCAUUCAAGAUGAGAAAAAAUGGGGCACGGUUCAGGUGGAACCUAACAACAACAUGAGUGAAUUGCUAUAAUUCCAAUUCUUUCUAUCGUUAAAGUAGCAAUUAAAAUUUACACGAUAAAUAAUGAGGUGGGGCACAAGCAACCAUGUAAUUAAUGCUGAAUGCAAAUAACAUGGUCCCCGCCCUGUCUGUUCCACUUUUAGAUCCGUCAGUGCCAUUGACAAUUAUAUAUCAGUCGUAGAAAUGUCAUAAUAGUGAUUUGAAGGCGAGCUAUAAAAAAGUACAGUGAGUUUGUAUGUCAAAUGCAGUUAUGUCCAGUUACUGUAGGUCAGUCCAUAUUUUCCAUCAGCUGUAGAACAUGCAAAGGUUCUGACAGACGAUCUGAAAGAAAAUAAUAAUAUUGUGCAAAGAAUUAUAUGAAUUUAUUUGGUGCUGGAAUGUUGAAAUUCAAGUCGUGCUGCAGAUAAAGGAAACACAUAUUGUAAUUAAUCCAAAUUCAAGUGUGUGUGUGUUGUCUGUAACGGACAUUUUUUGCAUGUAAGAGAUCCACCCACCUGUGACGUGUCAGGCAAAAAGCAUUUAAGUUGAGAUGUGGGGAGUGAAAUUCGACGGCACUGAGUACCAGCGUGGAUUGAAAGGUAAGUAUAAGUUCAAUUUUAUUGCAUAGCAAUGUCAAUAUUUUAGAAACAUAGAUAAAAUUCCAUCUAUUUAAAACAUAUGCACACGUCUGUAUUUCCUUUGAAUGAAAGUCUGACUAUAGGAUUGCAUUAAAAGAAAAACUACAGAAAUUGCAAAAUGGUGCCAGACUAAUUUCCUUAGUAGAGCACCAUUUUCAAUACUAAAAAUGCAUGCAAGAUCUCAGAUGUAAACCUUAUUGUUAAUGUACUGUACAUAGUGUAUUUUGCAUUAAUCUCCAACCGAUUAUAGAAGCCCUUGAGUUUUAAAAAAGAAUAAUUAAUAGUGUACUUUAUUCAUGAAUUACCAUAAUCCUACUUCGUUUCAAUCAAUUGCAUGAAAAUGUGUAAAUACUGUACAGAGUAGGAGUUUAACGGUACACAUAUAAUCUCGGUUCGGUACGUACCUCGGUUUUGAGGUCACGGUUCGGUUAAUUUUCGGUACAGUAAAAAAACAAAAUGCAAAAUAUAAAUGUGCUACUUGUUUAUUACACACUUUUGUGCUUUCAAUUAUAGGAACAUUAGCCUAUACAAAGCUAGAAUUCUGCUCAAAAAGUAGUGGAUAUUUAAAGAUAAUCCAACAGCACUUUGCCUUUCAGACCCCGCGUAUUGGUGAGCUUUCUUUCCGAAAGAAAGAAGAAAAAAGAAGUCCUGUGCUAAAGAGAAAAGCAAUCCCAAUGACAAAGAUUUUAACGUGUAUUUUACAAAUGAAAUGCCUCAAUGAAACUUUUUUUUUCUUAUGAACGGUUUUCAAAAGCUUUAUCGGUGGAUUUUCUCAAGUUAAAGCGCCACACAGAAAUUAAUACAUUUAAUUGUGUAAGCAGGAUGUGUGUUUUAUUCUUAUUAUUUAAUUACAGGUGUUUUAGCUCAUUUCAAUGUAUUUUCUUUAAAUGGGCUAUUAUUUAUUUUAUUAUGUGUUUAUAUUUUACAAAUGUGAUGUAGUAUUCAUUAUUAUUGUAUAUUUUAUGUUGUAUAACUUUAGUUCCUAUGUGAAUAUCAGUUCCUACUUGUUUUGUUGUGGUAGGAGUGUUUUGUAUUGAACACGGGGCCGUGUUGGUUAUUAUUAUAGCAGAGAAGACAGCAGUAAAUCAACAAAGACAAGUCAACUGUGCCCCGAUUUACCACUCAAGAGAGCUGAUUGACUCAAAAAUUGCAAGGGAUGAUGGUCAGUAUCCCUGACUUUGACAGGCAAAGCUAAAGUCAUCGAGCCUUCAAUCCCGCUCAUCCUCUACUGGGUCAAGGGGUGCUGGAGCCUAUCCCAGUUGACCUCGGGUGAAAACAAAAAUGCCGCCGGUUGAAAACCAACCUCCGCCGCUGCCCCCGCCUCGAAUCCAUGGAGCUACAGGAGCAACUUUGGAUGAGCGGAAAGGAGAGCAUGCCCUUAUUAGCGACAAACAAACCCCUCCUAUUCCCCGUCCAAGAAAUCGUCAAGCCAGCAGAUCAACGUUGGAUCAGCGGAACUCAGAGAUCCCAGCUAUGACUGGCUAUACAUCACCUGUACUGAAUGAGCCCCAGUACAUUGACAUAGAUGAAAUGCAGACGUACUUGGAAAUCCUCCCUGCAUUAAUAAAUGAGAGGGAGACUUCAAGACCUCAGACAGGAAUGGGCAACCGUGAGUCGUGGGAAACCUUCAAAAACGAUGAGGAUAUCACGCAGAUGAUAAAGUGGAUGCGGCAUGUUUCAGAGACAGCCCACUUGACAGAAUCCGUGUAUGGAGUCAGCCUUGGGGAAGAAUUACGCACAUUCAGCCAACGAACUCAAAACACUGAAAGGUGCCGUCGACUUUUCAACUUGCUAAUGAUGAAGCGGAGUCAACGUUUGCAAGACUAUUUAACUAAAUUCCGUUCUUUUGCUGAAAUUUUGGAGAAAGAAAAAAAGAAGGUGAAAACCAUCGGUGUUGCUGGAGGCACCACAGGUGCAGUAGGAGGGGCCGCUGCACUGGUGGGGGUAGCCUUGGCUCCUGUGACAAUGGGCUGCUCGCUACUUAUCACAGCGGUUGGCGUUGGAAUGGGUGUGGCCGCAGGGGGAAUGGGUGCCCAUGCUUCUAAAAAAAACAAGAAGCUUGGGGAUAGGCAAAUAAUUGAGACGCUGGUCUGUGAUUAUGUAUAUGAUGUCAGCGAUAUAGAGCGCUGUCUGGAAGUGAUCCUUUCUGAGGCAGAGAAGUUGCAAAGGCAUGACUUUAGGAGGUUACAGCAGGCUGGAGCUCUUCCUGAAGCAUUGGCAGUGGCACAGAAGCUGCGGUUGAUAACGAAUAAUAUCAACAAUGGUAGAAAUGCUGUGCAAACAGGCGGAAUGUCUUCUGAGAGGCUGCUCAAUGCCUUUGCUAAAGAAAGUGAUGAGUAUUUUAAGGAAAAGGGUAGUAAGAAAAAGUUACGGAAGUCCACUAUGGGUAGGUUCUCAGGCAGAAUUCAACUUCUGGCUAAGCGUCUUCAGGAAGAGCUUGACUAUUUGCAUUUUGUAUGGAAAUGCUUUGCAUAGAGAAGUCAAAUUAGGUAUUGCUUUAAAACAAAAAACCCUUAAUUAAAAAAGGGCGAUUCAUCCCUGUCUGAUUUAUUUUUAAAUCAUGGAAGCUGUUGUCUUGACUCGAAAUGUAAAAUAGAAUGAAAUUAAAUGUGAAAAUUUGAUGUUCAUAUGAAAAAAAGGAAUAAUAAAAAUAAUAUAUAAAAAAAUGAUUAAAUGUUUUUAAUUGUGUACAACAAAUAUUAAAUUAUGUAUUUGUGUGUUUAAUUGUGUAACAAAAUUUAUAUUCUAGUAUACUAGCAGCAUGCCAAUGAAAAUGAAUUACUACUAGGCUACUAAAAAGACAGUGUUCUAUUUCACCUACAGUGUGUGUUGGAGUUUUUGUAUUGGAAAUGAAUCCCCAUAAUGCAAAUUCCCACAGCUAGACGGCGCAAUAACACACAAACACAUUUGAAAAUUAAAAGGUCCAAUAAACCUCGGUUUAACACCCAUUUUUCACAACACUCAAAAUAAAUUGGACACAAAUAUCCAACAGUGCUCGGCACGGCAGCAGCUCAAAAGCAACAACAAACAAUAAUAUGGCUACAAUGCAAACUAUUUAAUGCUCUCCAAAGUUUAUUUACUGUAAAUCUACAGCUAACCUUCCUUAGCUGGGCACUAAUGUAAACUAUACUUGUCAUCUUCUUUUUCAACGUCGAAUUGAAGUUUAGAAAUUUUCGCUGUUUUUGCAAAGAAAAAAAUCUCUAAUUUGUUUCUGGGCCAUGUAAACGCCUCCUCUGUCAACAGUCAACUUUUCCGUUCCAAUAGCGCAUUAUUCAAUGUGACCCGGUAGCAUACAAGGCAGGGGUGAAAGUGGGCGGGAAUGGUCAGGUACACAGUUCCAGUAUAAGAUUCAGGGCCGGAACGCAGUUCCGGUAUAAGAUUCAGGGCCGGAACGCUGUUCCGGUAUACGGUGCUUUGAUUCCGACAAAAAUAUGAUGGCAACCGUCAAAAUGCUAUGUAAAAAAAACGAAAAAUACAAAGCUGCCAUACAUGCAUUUCAUCUCCAAGAAGAAAACAAUCUACCAAAUCAGAUUUACAUACACAAAUGUGAACAACAAGCAUAAUAAAGUGCUCAUGUACCAAUAUUUAUUAUUUAUUUUGUUCCAUGGACGGCAUGCAGGUUUCCCCAGCUGCUGCAGUUAUCAGAGUCCAUCAAUGUGCGAAUGCAUGCAGCAAAGCAAAACACCUGGACUCAUUUAUCCGUUCAGUUGGCUGAAAUACUGACAUGUAAUCUACUAAUCACCAGAGAUAGUUAGCUCAGAUUGGUUCAAAUGUGCAUGUUUUCUGAGAGCGAAAAAACAAGGGCAAUGUAACAGAAAAUGGAUCAAAUCUUCAAGAGCAAGGAAGGAGUUAAGGAGGCUUAUUUAUCAUACUUAGUUUUAUUUGUUCUGAUGGGGAGGUUCAUCUUAGCUGUCAAUGUGCACUUUGGACUUAUAUUUGUUCAUUUAUGUCAGGUUACUUAUUCAUUUCCUUAUGAUUGAAUAAAGUCAAUGUUUGUGCGAUCUUCAAAAUUUAUUCCAUCUCACUCUGCUUAAUAUGUCUUUUGUACUUAUUUUUCUGAAUGUAUGUUAUUUAUAUCUUUAUUAUCAAAAAAGUAGUUAAAAUUG